AUGAGGAUGUGUGACAGAGGUAUCCAGAUGCUGAUCACCACCGUGGGAGCCUUCGCAGCGUUUAGUUUAAUGACCAUUGCAGUGGGCACGGACUACUGGUUAUAUUCCAGAGGCGUGUGCAGGACUAAAUCUACAAGUGAUAAUGAAACCAGCAGGAAGAAUGAAGAAGUAAUGACCCACUCGGGGCUGUGGAGGACCUGCUGCCUAGAAGGGGCUUUCCGAGGGGUGUGCAAGAAAAUUGAUCACUUCCCAGAGGAUGCUGACUAUGAACAGGACACAGCUGAGUAUCUCCUUCGGGCUGUGAGGGCCUCCAGCAUCUUCCCCAUUCUCAGCGUCACGCUGCUCUUCUUCGGCGGGCUCUGUGUGGCAGCCAGCGAAUUCCACCGCAGCAGACACAAUGUCAUCCUCAGCGCAGGCAUCUUUUUUGUUUCUGCAGGGUUAAGCAACAUCAUCGGCAUCAUAGUUUAUAUAUCGGCCAAUGCUGGGGACCCUGGGCAGCGUGACUCCAAAAAGAGCUACUCCUACGGCUGGUCCUUCUACUUCGGAGCCUUCUCUUUCAUCAUCGCAGAAAUUGUGGGUGUUGUUGCUGUGCAUAUCUACAUAGAGAAACAUCAGCAGUUACGUGCCAAAUCCCACUCAGAGCUCCUGAAGAAAUCAACUUUUGCCCGCCUGCCACCCUACAGGUAUAGAUUCCGGCGGCGGUCAAGUUCCCGCUCCACAGAGCCGAGGUCCCGAGACCUGUCCCCUAUAAGCAAAGGCUUUCACACCAUCCCUUCCACUGACAUCUCAAUGUUCACCCUUUCCCGGGACCCCUCAAAGAUCACCAUGGGGACCCUCCUCAACUCCGACCGGGAUCACACUUUUCUACAGUUCCACAACUCCACACCCAAAGAGUUCAAAGAGUCGCUGCAUAAUGACCUGGCCAACAGGCGUACCACACCUGUCUGAACUGCCCUUUGCCAUCUGCCCUCCUCCCCAACACAGCCCUGGGGGAUGCACAGAGAUGUCUCUGAGGUUGCAUGACAUGGUCCUCGUGGUGGUAUUAUUUUUUACAAAGAAUGAAACCAAAUGGACUCAGCCCUCUCCCACACUCUGUCCCUCACCCUUCAGGUCCCCUGUUCCUCAGUUCCUCUCCCAUCUUCAAGCCAAUCCUGUAACACCAUUCCUCUCUGUGUAUCUGUGCCAGAUGUUUUCCCUUCUUCCUUCUUUACUGGAAGGACCUCCACAU